CGGGAAGAGUGUGGCCUUCCGCAGACAACCCGAGUCAGCACCGAAGACAGGAGCCGAGUGCGUGGCUUCAGGUUUGGACAGCAUCUUGGCUGCCUCUAUACUCUCUGAAGAAGGCAUUGACAGUAUGAAAAAGAGGCUAGACACGAGGGUAAAGAUCAACGUCAGUGGCCUGAAGUUCGAGACCAAAGAUGGCGUCUUCCUUAAGCACCCGGAUACUCUCAUGGGAGACAUUGCACGUCGCCAACAGUUCUACAAUGAGGAGAAAGAUGAGUUCUUCUUCGACCGACAUCGUCCCAGUUUUGAGGCGAUAUUUCGCUACUAUCAAACAGGUACACCAGAAGGUCUUAUUAAACUCUGGUACAUUAAAGUAUCAGUAUACUAAAGUCUUGCCUCCGAGUGAAUGCUACUAUAAACUAGAGAGGCCGACAUUUGCUUGGGAGCAAAUACAGCAUAUUU